CUCUGUGGAUUCCAUGUUAUACUGUAUGUACACAUUCUAAAUAAUUUGUGCAAAAAUACAGACAUACUUGCUUUGCUGUCACCUCAUAAUUCUGUUGCUUUGUAAAGGGUAUACAUUUAUUUUGAAGUCGUUGUCUCAUUGUCUUAUUAUCUAGUUUGCCUUACACAUCAUAACAUACUGAAUGCUUAUGCCUAUUCUCUUAUUGAAACCUUUAUAAAACAAUUAGGACACCCCCUGUCUUGCUAGUUGCCACCAUCCCAUGAUCGGAGGUAAGGGCUAUUCUGUAAACUGCCUCAGGAGUUUCACUUCUUAAAAAUUUGUGUUGCAGGCGCCACUGUCAUCACUGGUGUCUGCCCCGAUUGCCCUUUUCAGUGGAUAGUCCCAAAAUAUUUCCCGAGUUGCACAAUGAAAUUUAAGGCAAAUGCGGUAUUUGGAUGUAAUGAUGUUGUGCAAUGACGCCCCCGUGUGGUGACAACCGUCGUGCUCAUAGUUUACUAGCUCUCACUAUUUUUAGCAACUCUGUCGCUGUGUUGAGGGUUUUACGCAACUUAAACCCUCUGGCUAAUUUUCAAAGCCAAUUCCGACCAUAGAAGAAACGCACUAUCUUUAUAAACGACGACGGUAGUGGUGUGAAGCAUUUUCCAGUAGGAACCGGAUGCAUCCGCAGAGUAUUUUAUAUUUUCAUUGAAUAUUUUCCGAGUAAAACCGGCUAGCUGCGAGUGCUUCCUCUUUCAAAAUGGCAAACGAUGGCUUACUUGCUGAAGCUUACAAAACACGGAAAUUGUGAUUGCAUGAGAACAUUCAAUAUGCACGUUACGGCGGGGGACUGAAAUCACAUCUGCUCAAGCUGGCAUAUUGAACCGGGUUUGGAAGGGAAAUUCAUUACCUCGGCAUAUGCCAGUUGUGGAAUUUCGACGUGCGGCCGGAAUAUUCAAGUUACCCAACCGUGCACUUUCAUUCGACAACGGGGCCGACUAUAGUUUGGAGUCUCUGUUGCCCGAGUCGGGUAUCGUUGCGGAUAUCGACAUUGAGAACAUCCUCUCCUCCGAUUCCGGCACGUUCUACCAGCUCAAGAGCCAGCCCAUCACUCUAAGCCCCGCGCCGACGUCGGCUGACCCCUCCCCCUCCCCCUCGGGCAGCGCAGUCAUGGCGUCGCGCGUGCUGCAGCGGCAGCAGCUGAUGCGGGAGCAGGCGCGGGAGCAGGAGAGGAGGGAGGCGCAGCGGCAGGCCUCCUCCGCGCAGCUCCGCGCCGCCGACUCCUCCCCCGCCAUCUCCGUGUCCGCGCCACCCAGCGCCGCCCGCCCGCCCCCGGCCCAGGUCCCCGUGGAGGUGCUCAAGGUGCAGACUCACCUGGAGAACCCCACAAAGUACCACAUCCAGCAGGCUCAGAGGCAGCAGGUGAAGCGCUACCUCUCCACCACCCUCGGGAACAAGGUGGCCAAUCAGACGAUGGGGACGUCCCCCUCGCCUCAGUCUGGCUCCACCCCCGAGCUCACCCCUGCAGCCAGCAGCACUCCCAGCAGCCCCAUGGCUCUGCUCAACCUAGGAAACAAAGAGGAGAUUGAUGACGUGAUCGAUGACAUCAUCAGCCUGGAGUCCAGUUUCAAUGAUGACAUCAUGACUUUGAUUGACCACGGCCUGCAGCUCCCCAGCACGCUGCCGGUGUCGGGGAACCUCCUGGACGUGUACAGCAGCGCUGGGAUGGCGGCUCCCACCAUCACCGUCAGUAACUCCUGCCCCGCGGACCUGCCCAACGUCAAGAGGGAGCUGACGGUCCCCCAGACACCAUCGGCCAACUCGCCGUUUCCAAAAUAUGCAGAAGCGAAAGCCCUCAUGAAAGAACGUCAGAAAAAGGACAACCACAACCUGAUCGAGAGGAGGAGGAGGUUUAACAUCAACGACCGCAUCAAGGAGCUGGGAGCGCUCAUCCCCAAGUCAAGCGACCCGGAGAUGCGCUGGAAUAAGGGCACCAUCCUGAAGGCGUCGGUGGACUACAUCCGCAAGCUGCAGAAGGAGCAGCAGCGCACCAAAGAGAUGGAGACGCGGCAGAAGAAGCUGGAGCACGCUAACCGCAGCCUGCUACUGCGCAUACAGGAGCUGGAGAUGCAGGCUCGAAUCCACGGCCUGUCGGCCUCCUCGGCGCUGUCCCCUGAGCUGGACAUGCUCCAGCAGCAGCAGCAGCAGCAGCACCCCGCCUCCGGCGACGCCCUCUCCCAGUCCCUCCUCAGCCUGGGCGGGGCCUCCGCCGCGCAGGCCGCCUCCUCUUUCCUGUCUCCGCCCCCCUCCGCCUCCCCGGGGGGCGUGGCCCUGGGCAGCCCGCUGGACCUGGGGUCGCUGAGCUUCGCCGAGCUGGACGACCCCGCCUCCUCCGCCUUCAACGCCUCCCUGAUGUCGGACAUGGGCCUGGACGACAUCCUCAUGGACGACGACGGCGGCAGCGCCCUGUCGCCCGUAGGGGGCGCCGACCCCCUCCUCUCGUCCGUCUCCCCCGGCGCCUCCAAGACCAGCAGCCGGAGGAGCAGCUUCAGCAUGGAGGAGGACUCGUGACCGGGUUCGGCAGCGUAGCGGGAACGUGUGCGCGGAGAGCCGCGGCGUUGGGCGAGGGGGGGGCUGGACACGGGCGUUCGCCGGGGGGGGGGGGGACAACACUCACUCUCUCUCUCUCUCUGUCUCUCUCUCUCUAAAGAGCCACAGCAGCCUUCUGCAUUCUCACUUCCUGUUAGGUGUGUGCCAGUCCUGUGUAACCAUGGAAACGACGAAGUGAGAAGCGGUCUCUCCCCCCCACCCCCUUUUUCUUGUUCAGUUGCCCAUCCCUCUUUUGGACCAGGUUUUUUUUUCCCCCCCAGCGCUGAAUCCAGUUUGGCGGGGGUGUCCCGUCUGUAAAGUGCGAGAUCCCACAUCUCCCUAACAGCAAGCAGAUCCCCCCCCCCCCCAACCCCCAAUCCCAAUGAUGGGUAAUGCAGCUGAUAUUCAAAAAUGCCGUUUCCCCCCCUACCCCCUGGACUUCCGUUAGAGCUCUCGGGCGGAAGGUUCUGGGUCAGCGCAGAGUUGAACGAGCUCGGCGAGACCUGCGGUGCAGAAGGUGCUGUGGCUCUUUCCCCGACGGGUUCCCAUCCGCAGAACUCUGCGCUACAAAUAGAAAAGAAACUAAAAGAAGAGACAUUUAUUAACAUCAAUAGUAGAUUUUGUUUGGAAAGUAUGUUCUAGGUUUAUAUCUGCUUUUCUUUUCGUUUUUUUUUUUCCUUAAAUUUUACUGUAUAUACAGUAUCCUAACUAGAAUAGUUAUACGCACUCUAAUCCCGGAGGGAUUAGAUUAGCCUCACCUGUCUGUGUUUCAGGUGCAAGCAAAGAUGAACAUUAGAAAGAUGAAAAGUGCUUAGACAACCAGAAAAAUUCUUAUUUUUAUUUUAUUACGCAGAUUUGUUUUUAUACACACACACAUAUAUAUAUAUAUAUAA